AUGACCAAUAACAGCAGCUCCUCUGACGUCUGGGAGAACUCUGAUUGGUCAGAGUCAGCCCAGUGUCCACCCUCGGUGAGUGGAGCCACCUUCCUUAUCGUGGCCUACAGCACGGUGAUCGCAGUAGGGUUGCUAGGCAAUGUGGGCCUGGUUUUCAUCAUCGGGCGGCAGAAGGAACUGCAUAAUGUCACCAACAUUCUAAUCGCCAACCUGUCCUGCUCCGACAUCUUAAUGUGUGUGGUGUGUUUACCUGUCACCGUCAUCUACACUCUGAUGGACCGCUGGGUACUGGGGGAGGCACUCUGCAAGGUCACUCCAUUUGUACAGUGUGUGUCAGUGACGGUGUCUAUUUUCUCCCUGGUGUUGAUUGCGUUGGAGCGCCAUCAGUUGAUCCUGCACCCUACUGGCUGGUCCCCAGCAGCAGGCCACUCCUACCUGGCCGUAGGUCUCACCUGGUUGGUCGCCUGCUUCAUAUCACUCCCGUUCCUGUCCUACAACAUUCUGACCGACAACCCCUUCCAGAACCUCACCCUGCCUGCCAACCCCUUCAGAGACCAUGUUAUCUGUUUGGAGAAAUGGCCGACUGAAAGACACCGUCUGGCCUACACCACCUCCCUGCUGCUGUUCCAGUACUGCCUCCCUCUGCUACUAGUGCUGCUCUGCUACCUCCGCAUAUUCCUACGCCUACGUCGACGCAGGGAUGUGGUGGAGCGGAGCCGGAAGGCCCGAGGAGCCCAGAGGAUCAAUGCUAUGUUGGCGGCCAUCGUUGCCGCCUUCGCCCUCUGCUGGCUGCCGCUCAACGUGUUCAACACGAUAUUCGACUGGGACCACCAGGCGCUGCCCGCCUGCCAGCAUGAUGCUGUGUUCUCCGCCUGCCACCUCACCGCCAUGGCCUCCACAUGUGUCAACCCUGUAGUGUACGGUUUCCUGAACAGUAACUUCCAGAGGGAGUUGAAGGCCCAGCUGCAGCGCUGCCACUGUGGAUUGGGGGCGCCAGAGACCUACGAGAAUUUCCCACUCUCCACCGUUGGCAGCGAGGGGAUCACCAAGAUGUCGAUGCUGAACCGGGCAGGGUCAAUGAGCAUCGCUCCACCACCACGGGCUGAGCCCAGUGUUAACAUAUGCAGCUAA